GGUUUUAGCGUUUGUGUUGUGGUUGCGCCGAAUAAACCUCAUUAUUUUAACAAGGAUAAAAAGAAAAUCAUGAAAAUCUAUCCCAAAUACUUAUGAUAACCCGACCUAAUGCAAGAAAAUUUGGACAACCAGAAAACAUCAAGAGCUGAAUAAUGGCAGAGCCCUAAAUAAGACAGACCGUGGUUAAACUACCUGAAAUAAAGCGAACAAAUGAAUGAGGGUUUGCAGGGAAAAAUAAUGCAGUGGGACGUCGAGGGGAAAUCGUUUGGAUUCCGUCACAUUUAACGGGAUUCCCAGUAUUGCAAAUAUCAGAGGGGAUGACCUUUCAGCGCUCCUUCCGCUUUUGAGCCGGCCAUGAAAAUGGUCUCAUGCCUGGAUCAGUACACUUGCUAGAUGGACGUCCCAGCGUCAUCCCUCAGAGAGAGAGAGAGAGCUGAAUGAUGCAAGAAGAUGUCAGAUUUCCCAGCAUCCCAUACCACGACGACUGCAGCACCUGCUCCAGAAGCCCAGAAUGAGAGGAAAAUUUAUGUCAACAGUGGCUACUUGAGAUCAGACGAUGGAAAGCUAAAAUGUGCUCAUUUGGUAAUAUGCAUCUUGGUUUUCAUUCUUGUCAUGGCAUCCCAACAUCCACGAAGUAACCAGGCAAAUUGGAUUAGCUUUGUGUCUAUGGGCGGCUUUUGGACCUCUGCUUUUCUGCUCUUCUUGUAUGUAAUAAACGUUGUUGGGUUCCUGUCAGUGAUUCCAUGGCUAUUCUUGGAACUUUGUUAUACUGUAAUAUGGACCUUCUUUUGGUUUGUUGCUGGAUGUGUUGGAGGGGACUUUGCUGCUAGAUAUCUGAACGGUGAGCUUUUUGCGGCAGCAGCUUUUUUCAGCUUCAUAGCCAUGUGUCUUUAUGGAUUUAAUGCUUAUUUGAAUUUCACCAAGUGGCGUUCUGGUGGUGCAACUUUACCUUUUAUGAGGAGGUGGGAUACAUCUGCUACUACUACCACCACAAGAACGACCACUACCACCACUGCAACUGCACAGAAGUAUUAAGUUUUGUUUUCAAUGUUUUUAAUAGACUACGUUAAUUUCUAAGGCGUGUAGAAUUUAAUAUUUUUUUAUAGUUUUCUGUAUUUCCCAAUUGUACAAGUCGAGUUUCUUGAAUAACAGUACAGUAUAAUUUUAUCAAUGGAAGUUAUUUUACGUGACCCUGAUGAAGGUUCUUAUUUUGGAGAGUACCAAAAAUAACUAUGUGAUCAGAACAAGCCUGGAAAUUAAACUGGAUUUAAACAUGAAUUUAUGCUGAUCCCAAUGAAUCAAAUAAGAGAUAGCUGUACUAUGUACAGUAUGCAUCAAUUUGGAGGGAGAAGAGCAGUGUUUUCAUUGAUCUUUAGCUGUAAUUAAAGGUGUAAACAAGGGUGUUCCCCUUCAUUGAAGUUCAUUUGAAUUGUUCAUGCUCCAGAUGGUAAACUAUUUAAUAAAAUGUAUUUGAUAUCAGUACAGUUAAACAUAAAAUAUAUUAAUAUCUUGGAAAUAUUAAGAUUUGUAAACUUCAGUUUCAUCCAUGGUAGAAGAACGGAUUGCUGCUCUGUGUACUUGCGUGAUUCAUAGUCAGAUUAUUUUGUCCCAAGUAUUCUUGACAAACAAGAGCACUACACAUUUAUUUAGGCAUAAGGAGGAGAAUUUUUUUUUUUUUUUUUAUCAAAACAGCAGUACAAGUAUAGUGCAUUGUAAUUAAAAAGCUGAAUAGAUAUCCUCAUUGAAUUAUUGAACCAUACUUUCUAAUAUGGUUUAUCUUCCAUGCCCACAACCAUUACUACAUGUACAUUUCUAUAAAAAUAACUUUAGUGUGUUAUGUGUACUACCUGUGUGGAUGAACUGGAAGUGUGAGCUGAGAUCUUAAAAUAGUUAAUUGGUUCUAUUGAAUUCCGUAUGUUUAAGUCUGGAACCAGUCUACACACAUGGAUCCAUUCCAUUAUCAUAUCUUUACAUUGCCAUCCAUGUAACAAUGGAUUCAUUGUUUGUAGUACUGUAAUUGCAUUAGUGAUCCUUAGCAUAGAAAUUACUUUUAUAUGUGAAUUCAAGGAACAGUGAGAAAUCCAUAUGAGGUUAGUGGUUUGUCCAUUAAGUACUGUGCUAGGAAAGUUGAUUUGGUAUUGCAGCAAAAAGGGUGCUGGUUAAAUGUCAAGGCUUGGAGUAAAGUUUUUUUCAUAUCAUUGAAAGCUAAGUUUUAAUGGAAAAAAAUGAAUUAAGUGAAGUACUGUACUAUAUUUCUGUAGAUUGGAUACAGGUAUUCAGAAUAUUUUUCAGUUUUAGGGUUGUACCAUUUUAAAAAAAUUUUUUAUUUGUAAUAUUAAAGUUAGUCAUAUUUGCAUUUCAAGGUGGUUGUGAACAUUUAUAAUUCAGCCACAUUUAGCAGACUGGACAGAGGUAGCAUCUCCAAAAAUGUCUGUCAGCUCCUCUUGAAUGUUUUCAAGACUUGUAAAACUUAGGUCUCUGUCACACAAGUGAAUUGCCUGGCAUCAUUUUGCUGGGACUUUACAAAAAGUAGCAAUAUUUAUGGCAUAACUAAAGUUGCACCUUCACAUUAAUCCCUUACAGCUAAAGAUUGGAAGGUUACCUUUGUUUGUGCAGGAAGAUAUGAAGGAUAAUGGGAAGUAAAAGUGAAAUUAGCAGUGAAAGCACUGUAAGAUUUUGGCAGAGAAAACACUGUAUGGUUAAUGUUCAAGUGCAGUGUGGUGUUUCAUAUAUGGACUGUUUAACAACCGUGUUUAUUGCACUUUCUGGUGCAUAAUUAGAUGGCAAGUAUUUACAAGAUACUGAAAGAAAUCACUUAUGUAGCAGCUUCUUUAAGGUACUCCAUAAUAGUGAUGAAAGUGUAGGGUGCUAACAAUUAUUUUCUCACAUUACAAGAGGAGCCGCCCGAAUUUUAUAAGAAACAAGUCAAGUGUCUGGGUGCUGGUAUCAGAUACAUAAUUGUAUUACAUAAUGAAUUCGUCAAGGGUAGAGAUCAUAAUAAUAGGUCUUAGACAGGUAGGUGGAUAGUUAGUGCAUUGUUUAAAAAUGGCCUUGAAUUUAUAAUUCUUUUAAUGAGGUUGUAAAUACAUAACUGGCACCUCAACAUGAGAGACUUAGCUUUUAAGAUUUCAUUGUGUAAUUGGACAUGUCUGAAUCUGAAAAACUAAAAAGUAUUUAACAGAAUACUCUGGCAAGCGCACUAGACAUGGCAUGUUGAAAAGAAUUCAACCAAUACUUGCUUGUCUAACCUGAUUCCAGAGUAAUUGACCCAUGAUACCCCUGUUUACCUUUCUCCCUCUGCCAUAUAUAGACUACAAUACAUACCAAAAAAUGAUCUUUUAUGACUGGCAUAAUUAGCUGCAUAGCAACCUGGCUGAGCUAGUCAAGCAAGGAGUGUUUUAUGUAAUAGUUACAUUUUCUCUUGAAUGAAUCUAUCUGUAAUCUCCUUUGGCACUAAAACUAUAACAACUUAAGGGAUAAUACACUGGGCUACUGGAGGGUCACAAGACACUGGGAGGGCAGUGCCCCUGCAGAGCAAAGCACACAUGUACAUUAAUUGAAUAAUGAACAGAGAUCAUUCACCUAUAAAUUUGAUUGUCACUGCAGUAUGUGUUAAUGAGAGCAUACACAGUACUAUGGUGUUUUAAUUGUGAAAAUCAGUAAACUUUCCUCUCAAAUGUUGUGCUUAUUUGUUGAUUACACUUACAGUGGUACCUCGGUUUUCGUACAUAAUCCGCUCUGGAACCUCCUACGAUAUCCGAAACAAUAAUUCCCAUAAAGAAUAAUGCAGUUAGUAUUAAUGCGUUCCAGACCAACAAAAUAUUUUUUUUAAAUACAUUUUACAGGGAAUAAACACAGUUUUACAUACAGAAAAGAAUGAGAAAUAAAUAUAUGAAUAGUGAACAUUUAACGUCACUCUUACCUUUAUAGAAAAGACUUGUUAGCAUAUGGAAGACGGAGAGGGGAGAGGGAGACGAGUGAGAGGAAGGAUGAGAGGUUAAAGUUUGGAAGGGGAAUCUUCCCCCAGAAGGACUUCAGGUAUCAUGAACCUAUCUGGGGUUACUUCCCCACUUCGUUUUUUACUGGCACUUUGAAUUUUUCAAACCAACUUCUGCUGGCCUUGAAAUCACUUAAGAGCAGCACUUUUUGAUGGCAUUUUCUUACUUAAAUUGGCAUGCAGCAUCCUUGCUUUCUCACAAAUGAUCGCUUGAGACACGCUAUCCCCAGUUUUUUGUUGAUCCACACCAAGUGCUUUUCAGCAUCUUCCACUAGUUGUGAUCCUGUUUAGAUAAUGACGUGACCUCUUUUGCAACAUGAGCUGCCUUGAUGUCAUCUUUCUUUGUUAGGAUAGAGCUGAUCGUCGACACCCACUUAUCAUACAUCCUAGCAAGAUCAGCUAUUUGUGUCCCACUUUCAUAUUUUGCUACAAGUUCUUUCGUGAAUACUAUCGUAUUUCUGGGCCUUUUCACCAAAAGGGUGGCAAUUGGCUUUUCUUGGGCCCCAUGAUGACUACUUUGCAAUGAGUUUUAUGACAAAAUAUUGCAAAAAACACAAGAAACAUGUAUGAUGAUGUGGACUACGAGUGUGGAGAUGCUUGUUAGGCGAAAAACAAAGCUAGAAUGAGUCACGAGAGAAAAUAGGAUGAUUUGUUUGGGCACUUUAUACUGGGCCUGGUCACACACUGGGCCCCAGAUGUAGCAUUACUGAGUGUACGAAAGUCGAGGAAACGUACGAUAGCCAAGACAAGAUUUCGAACAAAAAUAUCUACAAAAACCGAGGUUGCACUGUAAGUUACCUUCUGUAAGCAAUCUUUCUCUCUUGCAUUGUGUAUUAUUUUAUUCCAAGAUUUAAUAAAGUUAAUAUCCCUUUAUGAAAUGUGAUUAAUAUACAGAAAUUGUGUAAUUGGUAUAUAUAAUGCAUUUUAUAUUAACCUAGUUUUUCAACCAGUAAUACAUGACAGCUAAAGGCCUAGAAAUUUACGGGUUGGUUUUGACGGUUUAGAGAUUUUGAAAAUUUUCAUGUUUCAUACCAAAUGGAUAGUGAUAUUGCUGUCACAUGUCUUUCAUAAGCCAUGCACACACUCACACACACACAUUACAGUGAAAUAUAUUUUAGAUUUUUCACACAAGGGUUAUAAUGAACAGUACAAAAUGGUAGAUAUCUAUUCAGUUAAAAUUAGCAGACAUGCUUAAAUGCAAUGCAUAUGGUACUAUAUUUUGUUACACGAUUGCUACGCACACUGGUUCUUGGUGCUACGCACACUGGUUCUUGGGUAUCAAGCUAAACUUAUGUAAGAAAAAGUAAAUAACGUACAAUAUUAUCAAGUCUAUAUUCCAGUAACUGUACCAGUGUUUAGGAUUUUUCUAACGCUUUUAUGAUUCACAAAUAUUCGUAGAAUUAAACAUUUAUUGCAAUUUUAAAAAGUAUGAAUCAUUGGUAUAUCCAGUUUUUGCAAUUCCUUUGGAGUCAUUUUAAUGUUAUCAUAAUCAUUGCAAGUUGAAGUCCAAUUUUGGGAGUCACCAUUGGACUUGCAUACACAAAUUAUAUGCACAUACAACAGACUUGUAAUAUGCUUAUUCCAUAAUGAUCUUUUUGGUCUAAGCUUUUAGAUUAUAAAAAUGAAAUCUGCCAAUUACUUGUACGUACUUAUAUUUUUAUAAAUUUGUUGAUUGUCUUGGAGGGUCAUAGUUGAAAUGAUUUGUAACAAUUUCACAUGGAGUUAUGUAUUAUUUUUUUAUUAUGUAUAAGUUAUGUUCUUUUUCUCCAUGAACUUAUUUUUUCAUAAUUCAUAUUUAAAUUUGUUUAGAAUUCAGCUGUUUACUAUUGCAUGCCUCUUGUCGUACUCUGAGCCAAGAUUGUAUUUAAUGUUGCCUGUUGUACUGUGUAAGAAUUCUAGCAUUUUACUGAUUAUUUCCAAGUAUAAUUUUGUUACUACCAAAUGUUAUUUUGAUUACAGAUGUAUGGUACUUUUAUUCCUUAAGUAACUUAUCCAUAAGGUAUGUGAGGCAGGCUUACAAAAUUUGUUGGAUCCCUGCCCGUGCUGGUUAUGAUGAUACUGACAACAGUUAAAAGUUUAAUCUUUUGUUACUAGAUCAAAGUCAGCCAUUGAAGUGAUUAUGUGGCAUUAGUGAAACUCAUAUCAUAUUGAAAUGAUUGAUUGUAGUUGUGAAAUGUUCAGAUGAGGAAAAUGUUAAUCAGGUGAGGAAUUCUAGUGUCAAACCUCAGCAUUGUAUAGUUCUAAAUAUACCAUCAUUUUAAUAUGAUCAGGUUUUGGUGUGAAGCAAUAGUUAAGUCCAAAAGAUUGUAUUUAUUUCUUCUCAUUAGUGGGUAUUUGGGUUAGAACUUAAAGAUAACUUUGCCUUUAGUAUGGAAGUAUUUUGAUUUAAAUUAAUUUUUUAUCAUUUGUCUGUGUGUGUUGAUUGUAUUCAUUUUCGUGUAUAUUGGAUAUAAAUCUGUUGGUUUUAAUUUUUACCGUUCCGGAAGAUAGUCCGAAACAUAACAUAGAAUGUCAAUAAAGGAGAAAAUAGAAUAUUGAGGAUUGUUUUGAACUUUUGAUGCUACAAUUCCUCACCCAACUAAGAUUUCCCCUCAUCUGAACAUACAUUCUUUGAAAAGUCAAGUAUGCAAACUAAAUAGUAUUUGAUGGCCACACUGUUGCCCAGUCCUUGAGUGAAGAAAAUGCAGUAUAAUAUUGUAUGGUUGUCCUAACACUAAAUUGAAAUUCUUUAUUAGAAACCCUUUGAAGAAUUUUUGUCAAAAUAUUUUCCCUUCAGGCUUGCCCACUGAGCACAAGGAAGUUAACUUCAUGGUCAUGAUGGAAAGCUAAGAAAGAAUUUCUUUUCCCAUAAGCCUUCAGUUCUGUGUAUAGAUGUCCCUCCUGAAAUGUAUAACUGUGAUAUUAUGGUACAUAAUAUACAAUUUGAUUUAGAGGGGUGAAAUAAUGGUAAUCCUAUUUUCCAGAAUAGUUUAUAUUAGUGUGGAUCAGGCCAUAUUUUAUGGCAAAAGUAGAAUAUGUUAUAAUUACAAAUUACCCAAUGUUUGACUUUGAUUUUGCAUUUGAAUGUAUAUAAAUUUAUUUUUUAACAGUUUGAAAACUAUUUGCCUUAAUAUGCUGUCAUAUAUACAGAGGUGGAAACUAAAUUUUUCCUGUAAGUUAUUAAUGAUUUAUAUGUUGUGUUGAUGGAUGUGAAAUAUAUUUUAAUGUAA